GGCCACCCCUUAGCCGAAGAUAGAAUGUUGAUUUCCCCGGUACCGAGAUUCCCGGACAAAAUCGACGAUAGCCCGGACUCGAGAAUCUGCCUCUCGAAGGUCCACAAGGCGGAGAAGGUCGAACUGAGCGAUGAUAGAAUGACCGCAAGCAGCACAAAGGGGUACAGAAUGGUGAGGGCGACGCGGGGAGUGGUCGAGGGCGCGUGGUACUUCGAGAUUAAAGUGGUGCGCUUGGGAGAGACGGGACACACGAGGCUCGGGUGGUCCACCGAUAAAGGGGAUUUGCAGGCACCCGUUGGAUACGAUGGCAAUAGUUUUGGAUAUAGGGAUAUUGAUGGGAGUAAAGUGCAUAAAGCAUUGAGAUACAAGUAUGGGGGUGAAGGGUAUAAAGAAGGUGAUGUUAUAGGGUUUUAUAUCAAUUUGCCGGAUGGAGGGGCCUACGCCCCCAAUCCUCGGUGCUUGGUUUGGCACAAGGGGCAGCGGUAUGUGUCUGCUCCCGAUGCAAAGGAGGAACCCCCAAAGUUGUUCCGGGUGUGCUUGUUAUUUGCUUAUUUGCGUAAUAAGUUUUAAAUAUCGGCAUAGCCCUCUCCUUCAACUUGAGAAUGAAAA